CGCACAGCACCAGCACCAGCUUUUUUUUGCUCCAGCAGCAUUUGCACUGCGCCCCCCCCCCCCCUUGUGAGUGAGCUUGCUGUCGAGGUGGUGCUUCAGCUAGGCCCCGAGGCUUUGCGUCUGUUGAGCAAUGGCGACCUCGCUGCAUCUUUCGUUGGCUGCCUCGGCGCCGGCAUCCGCCCUGAGGAGCUCGUCGGCGUUCUUUGGAAAUGCUGGGAGCCUUAGUCGCCCAUCGGUGGUGCUCGGGAUCGGGAGGAGGAAUGCGAACCUCGUAGUGGAGGCUAAGAUUCGGGAGAUUUUUAUGCCUGCUCUGAGCUCUACCAUGACGGAGGGCAAGAUUGUGACGUGGAAUAAGACCGAGGGCGAGAAGCUUACCAAAGGUGAGAGCGUGGUGGUUGUGGAGUCUGAUAAGGCCGACAUGGAUGUGGAGACGUUCUACGACGGCUUUCUUGCCAAAAUUGUGAUUGGGGAGGGAGAGACAGCACCUGUUGGAGCUGCCAUUGGACUGCUUGCUGAAACGGAGGAAGAGAUUGCCGAAGCUAAGUCCAAAGGAGCCGCGCAAGCAGCUCCUGCUGCUCCGAAACCCUCAGCUGUAGAGGAGAAGGCUGUGGCACCACCUGCUCCAACUGCCGCACCUGCUGUAGCAGCUGUCCAGGUCGCUCCAGAGCCUACUGCUCCCGAGGAACCCAGGUCGAGUAGAAUUGUAGCAACCCCUUAUGCCAAGAAGCUUGCAAAGCAGUACAGCGUUGAUCUUGCUACCAUAGCAGGCUCUGGACCUUCGGGUCGUAUUGUUGCCGAGGAUGUGGAGGCUGCUGCUGGCAAGACCCCCGUCCCUGCUGCUGCUCCCGUCCCAUCCGUGGCCCAACCUUCGGCUGCGGUUGCUGCUGCUCCCUCCGCUGCUCCAACUCCUGCCGCAGCCCUCGCCCCUGCUGGUUCUGUAGCAUUCACGUCAAUGCAGGCUGGUGUGGCCCGUAAUAUGGUGGACAGCAUGUCCGUCCCUGUGUUCCGCGUUGGUUACACUAUCACCACUGAUGCGCUUGACGCCCUCUAUAAGAAGAUCAAGUCGAAGGGCGUGACGAUGACUGCACUUCUUGCUAAGGCUGCUGCCCUUGCCUUGGCGAAGCAUCCCGUUGUCAAUGCUUGCUGCAAAGAUGGCAAAAGUUUCACUUAUAACGAAGACAUCAACAUUGCCGUUGCCGUUGCAAUGGACGGUGGUCUGCUCACACCAGUCUUGAAGAAUGCAGAUAAGGUGGAUAUUUACUCAUUGUCUCGCUCAUGGAAGGAUCUUGUUGACAAGGCCCGCGCCAAGCAGCUUUCACCAGCAGAAUACAAUUCAGGCACAUUUGUUCUGUCGAACCUUGGAAUGUUCGGGGUAGACCGGUUUGAUGCCAUAUUGCCCCCUGGCAUGGGUGCAAUUAUGGCAGUUGGCGCGUCUGUUCCCACGGUAGUUGCCACAGGGAAUGGGCUAUUUGGCGUGAAGAAUAGAAUGACGGUGAACGUGACCGCUGACCACAGAAUCAUCUAUGGUGGAGACCUAGCUGUGUUUCUGCAAACCUUUGCAGCAAUCAUUGAGGACCCCACGGAGCUAACCAUGUGAUACUAGUAAAGAAACUGAUGUGCGCAAGUCCAUGGUAAUUCAGUUAGAACAGCCCAGAUAUUAUUAAGGGUAUUGUAUUUGAGGUCAGAGGUUUGGUUUGCAGGUAGGCCAUGACGAUUUUUUUUUCAAUCUUCACAAAUUCGAUUUCUUACGAGUCGUGUAGUCCGUGCUGGAUUUGUAAAAUGCAGUGACAAUGCAAAAAUGGUCGCAAGUUUCAAACCAUUUGGUUUA